CUCACCACCACCCCUCCCUCUCCCUCUCCCUCUCCCUCUCUCUCUCCACCCUUUCAUAGCAAGGCUGAAUAUUGUAGGGGGAGAGAGAGAGAGGGAGAAUGUACCAUUAUCACCGUCAAGCCAGACUCUAGACACAGACGAGAGAGAUUGAAGGAGAGAGAGAGGGGGGCGAGAGAGAGAGAGAGAUAGGUGAACCUCCUUGAGCGUCUGCGGUCGGUGGAUUUCUUUUUUUUGGGGCGUGCAAAAAACAAAAGGCUUCCUCGCAGCACGGCACCCGUUAAUUGAACGCCAAUUGAACUCAAAGGACAGGCCGGGAGACCCACCAAAAAAAAAAAAAUCAAUUACAAAAAUUAAACGCUUUAAAAAUGGACGGGAUGGCAUACGGAGCCGGCAAAGCCGGAGGUGCCUUCGACCCUCAGACGUUUUUCCGACAGCCGCACACCAUCCUCCGAAUGGUGUCGUGGGCAGGACAGGCGUUCCUGGCAUUCCAGCGGUACAAGCUGGGUGCCGACUCGGCGCUGUUCUCGCAGGACUACACCGACCCCAGCCAGGACGCCACGGUGCCCUACAGCGCGUACGUCGGCGGGGAGGACCUGGAGAGCCCCCCCAAUCCCGGAUCGUACCAGCAGUCCAACACGGAGACCUUCGACAGUACGGCGGGGUACCAGCGCCAGGAUUACUGACCAAUCCCGACGGGCAGAGGGGGGAGGGGAGGGGACAUGGGAGCGGAGGCUGAGGGGAUAGCGAUUGGGUUCAACAGGAAAGAAGUCAAGAGUCAGGGUGGGACUGUCUGGGGUCUGGGGUCAGGGGUUAGAGGUGAGAGGUCAGAGGUCAGAGGUCAGGCCAUGAUGACCCCAGGCUCCUACCAGUAGGAGACUUCAGAGAGGUUUGUGUAAAUCAAAGGUGAUCAGGAGAGGAGAAAGGGAAUAAUGGAUCUCCCAUGGCUUUGUCAAAACACCAGCUGUGUUCAAAGGUUCAUGGGAUUUCCGUGGAGAGAAGUGUUGUACUUCUGUUUUUCCUGGCGUUUCAGCCACUUGUUUGAAAUCCUCAUUAUAAGAAAUUCUACGAGAUAGUUUCUCCUUAGGCAAUGUCUCUCCAGGAUAAUGAAGUAUCCCAACGUAACCGGUUUUCGAGAACACACUUCACAAAGGUGAUGGAAGUGCCCAGCGGAAGAGAACUGAUUUUGCUGUAGAAACUAAUGACAUCAAACGGUUAAAACAGAAAUCCACAUGCACCAGAGUGCAGAGUUUCUUUCUGAGCUUUGUGCGACACCAUGUGACUUCCCCUGUGCACUUCCUGGCACCCUGUCAGAGAGGACUGAUGUCAGAAUAAUUAAGCAGCAUGAUCAAUGAUAUUCAAAGCACAACUGAUAACUCACGCAGAAUACCCAAAACAGGGCAGAGGGACAGGCCAGAAAAGAGAAAACAGAAAGGCACACGAUGCAGCGACUUCCUGAAGGUGAUUUUUGUAGAUCAAUUUUGUCUCCAAGGCAUAUCUACCUCUUAAGUCCAUAAUGCCUUUGACAAAGCAUGGCGAUUUUGCAGGGCGUAGAAUGCUCUCAGACAUUGCCCCCUGCUGGUACAAUGUUUCAAAUUACUAAAAAACAGAUUCUUGAAGGACCAAGGCCUCUGGUAUAUAGAAGCCAGCACAACCCCAUGUUGCCAGUGAAGGCAAGCGUGCCUCGGAGAUGAAGCUGAUUUUCAAAACCAAGAAAAGGCCGAGCAGUGCAGUAUAAUCCAACAGACGUGACUUAUUUUCCUGAAGAGCAGUGCUGACCAGCUCCUGGCCCCUCAUUUAAACAAAUCAGAAACAGCACAGGACUUUUCAUGAAAUAUAAAGUAUCCCCCCACCCCCCUGAUUUUUUUAAUAGUGUAAUUUUGCCUAGGGCCAUCCUGGGCCACGAUGUUACAAGUUAGUGAUUGAAACAGAUGAAAGAUGUUUCCAGUGUGUUUUUGCCCUACAAGCAAUGGAGGGCUAAUCAGUUCUGCAUUGAAAAACACCGGUAAAACAUGCAGGACUCUGAGCCUUGACCCACUCCUGCUCUAAAGAGGAACAUGAACCUUUCUGGCCUAUAUGUAACCCUUUCCAGCUCCAAACCCAAUACCUCCUUUCCCCACCGCUGGGGUACAGCAGAACCCCCAAUUUCUCCCCAGCGGUAAACGACCUCAAGGACCAGUGCAGAACAAAAGACCAAUUAGCAGAGGUCUCCCAACACCAGUUGGUUUUCAUUCCUACUGUGUUGGCAACUUCAUUGAAUCUGUAAUUUAACUAAAACACAUUGCUUGAUUGGCAACUUUCUGAUUUUUAUUCUACUCUAAAGUUGGGGACCAGAAAGUUACUAAUGAAGGGGCCAUCGUCAAAUGGCAGGGCUCCUACAUGUUUAGGAAACAUUAGUUCAAAUGAACCCUACUAUUUAGUCAAUGAGGGCUUCAAUUAUGUAACAGCCCACCUGGAACAAAACCCAGCAGAAUCCCCCAGGAUCAGGGCUGAUGCCUAUAAGGGUCCAAACUUUCCCUGUUUGCACAGGUCCUAAGGAAACUGUCCAUAUAGCAAAUUAAUUCAAUGGGUGUGUUAUCCUUAGUGGAAAACUGAAACCCAGGUCUUAAUGAGAACUGAAUUAGAUAUUUAAGCGUGACAAUAGGAUCUCCUGUCUUACCCAACCAGGAAUGACUGAAACAGCUGUUUGCUGGCCAGUGUUUUGUAGUAUUGACCCAUUGAUGUAGAUGUAGGCAGAAUGAGUUAUAGAUGGAGUAUAGGUCCGAAUAAUGGAAAAAACAUUCCAGACCAGUUUCACAGGACUGAGCUGCAGGAAUGCACCAGAAGGAGACAAAAUAGAAAAUAAACGAAGACUAGGUGUACAAUGCAAUAUUUUAAAAAAAUAUAUAAAAAUGUUAUACAUUUGAAAAUAUCGAUGAAGUGCACUUCAAAACUUAGAUUUAAAUGUACAUCAGGCACACGCUGACUCCUAUGUCACAAGUAGAAAUGGAUUUCAGUGUGUUGCUGAAUUAUAUGUGGAGACAAAUUCUAAAAUAUAUUUCAAAUUAUGUUCAGAUUUAGUUCAACACAUUUUUAUUGUGAUUAAUUUUCCCCAAAUUGUAUUUGCAAGAUUAAUGUAUCUAUUGAGUGCAGUUUCACCACUCUUUUCUUAUCUGUCUUCUGAGCUUCUGGGCUGAGAGCACUGCUGGAGGUUCACUGGAGAAAUUAAAAAAAAACAUUUGAAAACCCUGCAGCUCUCUAAAAUAGGAGUGAUCAGAUGCCAAACCACAGAGCCUGUGCUGGGACAAGGUUUCUGUACAGCCAGAUCUUUAUCUGACUCAUGUGACAGAGCUUUAUUACUUAACAGCUGGCUGUAUAAAACCACUGGUACCUUACUUCCCUUUUCUAUAGGAGAGAAAAAUCCAUCAGCUCACUACUAAAAUCAGCAAUUUUCUGAGGACUGGGAGCAAUUUAGUUGUGAUCAAUUACAGGGGAUUUGUUAAAGUAAGCAAUUAAGAAAUUAUUUGUAACAGCAAUUGACAAUGGCAGAGUUACCUUAAUGCUGCACGGAAUUUGCUUCUUUACUUAAUUGCUUGCCUAAUUGACCAUUAGCUUCCUAGUGUACUAUCCCGAGUGCUGUAGUGUGACCUGCAAUGCUAUCUGGGCUGGCGGCUCCAGAACCUGGGAUGAAAUGUUCACUGGUUCUCAGUUCUGGUGCUGGUGACCCACACCCCUGCUGGUUUUAAUUCCAGCCCACCUUCAUUAGAUCACCAAAGCCUUACCUGAGCUAAGAUGUUGGAAUAUCUGCAUUUUGUUUCCAGCCACCAGUUUGAGAUUUUAUUUCUCUCCCAAAAUGCAAUGGUUAAAGCCCCAGCUUGUGUAAGAGCUGGGAACAAACCAUUCACGUUGAUCUUAUUAUUAUGAAGUCAACAAAGGGUUUGAUUGCGUCACUGAGGGCUCAGAUGGAACAAAAACUCAGGUGUGUGUGGGUCACCAGACCCAGGACUGGGAACCACUGUUCUAGGGUGGCAGCUGGCUAUCUGUGACAUAACUGGGCCACCCCUGACACCACUGAAGAAAUCAACUUGCUACAUUGGCCAAAAUGUCUCGUGCUGCAAACUACCAGAACCUGAACAUUUCAAGGGGCUCUACAAUCCCAGCUAGACUGUGACUCUGCAGGACCAGAGAAGGCCUAACUUACCUUAGUCCAUGGGUUGGGCAAGGAAGCACUUCAGUUCUGCUCCAUGUCAGGAUAUUAUUCAGCUAGUACUUUACCGAGCUCGUUGACCCCCGGUCAAGUUGUACUCAACUGCUGAAGAUCACAAAUCAGUCAGAACAGAGAGCAAGGGGCUGUAACUGAGGACUCAGCAUUGUGGAUCUGCCCGUCAGGAGACAGAGUCAGAAUAUGGCCACAUGUUCCUCAAGACAUCCCCUUGAGGAUAUCCUGUAGAAGAGCAACUACCCAGCUCUCUCACGCCAACACUGCUGGAGGUGACCAGGGGGGAAGAUUCAGCAGCCCAGAACACGUACAAAUCAAUCAAAAGGAAAUUCAUCAUCAUGACUGAUACCACAUGACAGCGCACAGCCAUAACUAACACUUAAGUUAGAAUCCCAGAAGCAUCUCUGAAGACCUUCUUCUGCGGGGCCUGGAGAAGUGCAAGUUCUGUUCUGCUAAAAAGACCACUCUUGAAGAUUGAGGUCAUUUUGAAACCGUUUCAUUUUACACGACAAGUCCUUCUGGACUCUGGAGCAAGCUCAGCGACCGGCCAGCUCCAAUGUCGCCGAUCUGGGCCCCUGAUACGAAUGUAGAGCGACUUUCAAAUUAGCGCCGCAACCGACUGGGAUCUGAGACGAAUCUCGUCUCCCUGCUCCCCUGCUCAAGUACUCAGCUACCCCAAAGCCGCUUCUCAUCCUGCUCUGAUAUUGAUAUCCUGCUCCAGGUCCUGUGUACAGGCCCACUGACAGUCUCAUUCCACUCUGAUCACAAAGGCACAGAGAGAAACUGCAGGCUGGAGUUUUGUUCAUUUUAGCUGAUUACUCAAAGUUUGCAAUUACUGUCGUUUCUUUCAGUUGAUCAAUGUCAUUUAAAUUAACUGAAAGCCGUUGCAUUAGUACUUAAAUGAUCAUAUAAGGCAGGGUGACAUAUGUCUUCUGACUGGACACACUGUAGACUGUGUGAUGGGAUAGGAUGGACUUGAUUAUAGGUGAAUUUGAUUCUUUGCAACAGUUCAGUGCACUGAUCCCAUACUGUCCCAUACACAGGACAGUCUUUCCCACCCCUGACAUUAUCAGCCCACUUUCUACAGUGCAUCUGGGGUGUCAACAGCUACAGGAGGCUCAGGCCCUAAUUAGUACUUAAAUAAGAGAAAGUAGUGAACUAGCAGGUAGGAAGUGUUAUCCAUCAGUAACUAGAUUUAUUUAUUUAGUCCACGUAUUUAUUUAUGUUCAACAAAGCAGGUUUCUUUGGGGUUUUUUUUGGCAGAGCUGUUCCUAAUGGUUAUAUAAACAGGAAAUGUAUUAAAACCUCUCAGUUUAGUUCAUUCCUCAAAAUUAUUUUUAAAAAAAUGACGUGGGCUUAUCGGCUAAUUAUUUUGUGGCGGAAAAUAAGCUCCUGGAGUUUUAAAUUAUUUUUAAAAUAAUAAUAUCACAGGAAAGAAACUUAAGAUACACAUUAUAAAAAUGAUAACAUAGCUACAGUCCAUAAAACUAUAUAUAUAUAUGUAAAUCUGUAUUUUAAAGCAUAUAAGUGUUUCAGAAGAGCAUAUAUGACUUUUUUUUAGAGCUUUAAAUUAGUAAUAAAAAACAUAUUAAUACUGUUUAAAGUAUGGUGUGAUCUCGUGUUGCAAAGCAAGAAUUAUUUUUCUUCUUUUCUCGUUUUUUUUGGGAAAACUUUAUUUUGGGAUAAUAAUUUAUGGAAUAUAUAUAUAUAAUACAAUGUUGUGACCAAAACACUAAACCAUAUAGGCUUAGAUAGACUUGUGUGAGAUUGAUGUGUUACUAUGAGCAAAUAAGUUGUAAAAAAUCUUUUUAAUGUGCUUUUUCUAUUGAUUUCGUCAAGGUCAUUUGUAACUUGUCACAUUUUCCCUGUCUGUCGCCUAAUUCUGAGUGAUCGCUGUGCAGUAACAAUGUAAUAAACUUGGUAAGAAAAAAGCCACUCUGUCUUAAUUAUGAACUAUGAGCCUGUGUACCGCAUGGGGGCCCAGUGACAUCACAAUGUCACUCAUAACCUUGGAGACCUACAGGGGAAGACAGUGGCUAGGUUUGAGGGAAAUGGCUAGGUUCCAGGUCUGGGGCUUUUCUCUAAAUUUGGGGGUGUCCCUCAGUACCCCCUCAAAAAGGGGGAUAGACAGAGAUGAAACCGACUCUGUUCUGCAGGGACUGACAGGAAUUGAGUAGAAGUCGGGGAGGGCUCCUAAGAUUUCUGUCAAUGACCAUAAUCUUAGCCCUCUUCUGAGAUAAAUUGUUAAAUAACCCUCAGUCUAGGGCCCCCUAGUGGUGCAUCUGCUCAUUUCAACGAGUGCUUAGUGACUAGUGUGUGUUCCGGGGGAGGGGGAGGGUGGUGGUGUCCUAGAUACUGUAGGUAAUGUCUUACUUUGAAGCACAAGGUUGAAUUGGUUUAUUUUUUUUAACUGGCUGAAAAAGUUUGUAUCCGCGUACGUACCUGGAAACCUGUAGGUACAGCAUCUCUUUGACCGACUGGCUGUAUGUCCGCUCCUCUGUUUGUAAAUGGAAACAAAAAAAAAACUGUUCAGGGACAGCUGGCACCUCUGUGGUCAUGUCGAUGAGUGUUACCUUUUCCUGGUCUUGCUGCACGUAGGAUUUGGAAACGAGCAGAUUCCUCUGGGGGGGGACUUGUGGUCUCUCCCUUCACUGUUCCCAGCCUAUCUCAGCCUAUGCAUGCCACAGAGUUUGUGCUGUUCAAUGGUGGAGAACCAGCUGAUGUCUUUUAACAUCAGUGCUGUCCUCCUUGCCAUCAGGAGAGGGGAAGGAGCCAGAGAUUUUCUGUGCGUGCAAAUGCAUAUAGGGACAGCAGGGGAGAGGGCUCUGGGUGUGUAAAUAGAGGGUUGUGGGUUCCAAUCUUGGGAAUGACAGUGCUGUUGUCCACCAGAGCAAAGUAUUUCCCUCAAUGUGCUAUUUGUAUUUUUGUGCGUUGUGUACAAAUAGGUGCAAAUUUAGGUUACUUUGGAAAAAAGCGGCCAUCAAAUAAAAAAACAAAAAACAAAAGAGCUUUUCCAGUUUUCAUUUCCUGCGUGUAAAUGAACCUGUACCCCACCAACGACAGGUCUGUAGAGGAAAGUAACAAACUCAGCCCGGUAAUAUAAGAUCUAGAGGACUCUCAAAGUGCCUAGCCUAGACUUGCAAAGCCAAUUCAUGUCCACACAUUGAAUGGUGAAAGCUGUGGGAGUCCCUUUAUGUACAAGCUUUUAGGGAGGUGAAUUUUUUAAUAUGCUUUUCUAUCAGAAAUCCGUAGUACAGCAGUUUGCGAAAGAGAUACUGUACCGGCAAUACAAGGGGCCAGUUCUGAAUCUCUGGCCCCAUGCAUGAACUUGAGACAACAUUUUAAUUCUGUUCUGGUUUUUUUUUGUCUUCUUUUUUACUUUUACACGUCAAAAGGUGAAUCAUGACAUUACUGUAACCUCCAUGACAGAGUGAGAGCUUUCUGUCUACGUAUAUAUAUGUGGAAUGUAAAAUAUUGUUAUUCUGUGUUUUCCAGUCAAUGCAAUAUCAAUUCUGUAUAAAAAUGAAAUAAAUAAAAAUGAAAUUAA